AUGAUGAAUCAGCAAGAGUAUAUAAAUUUGAUCGUGAUGGCCUUCCAAAGCAAAGAGACUCAAACGAGGAGAAAGGCAGAAGAAUAAUUGAUUCAAGCUUGUCAAAAUGAUGCCAGAUCCGUUGAAAUCCUAUGCGAAUUAUCAUCCCAAUAAAAUGAUUUACUAUUAGCAGAAUAAGCUGCGAUUACAAUAAUAACUGCUGUGAAAAAGUUCAUAGGCAACACAAGUAAGACCAUGUUCGAUUCUAAUCUAGAACCCUAUGCUGUGGAAAUGAGAUUGCAUCAUGUUGAUCUCUUUGUUCAAAUGCUCACCAAAUAAAUAUCAGACAAAAUCAAAGUCAGCAUUCAAUAAGCCCUCCAAUAACUGGUGUAUUAUGACAAAUGUAAAUGA